AUGACUACCCCUGUGAUUACAAAGAAGACUCUUGAGAUCCUGACAGGUCAGGAUAAGUGGGAGAUGUCUUUUGUCAUGCCAUCAAAAUAUGGUGCAAGCUUGCCAUUGCCUAAAGAUCAAUCUGUGAGGAUCAAAGAGGUGCAAAGAAAAACUGUUGCUGUCGUUGCCUUUUCAGGUUUUGUUACUGACGAAGAAGUUAAACAACGGGAAUCAAAAUUACGAGAUGCUUUGAAAAGCGAUACAAAUUUUAUAGUAAAAGAGGGUGCCUCAGUGGAAGUUGCGCAAUACAAUCCGCCAUUCACGCUACCAUUUACACGACGUAAUGAGAUCGCCCUCGAAACAGUUGAAAAAUCUUCUAUCUUAAGUUCAGGCUUGGGUGAAUCUGCUAAACUGCGCGUGAGCGCAAUCACAACGCUCGAAUGGGAACCGCGGACACCGAAGUAA